UUCAGAUGAAGUUCAGCGAUGCUGCUGACGCGACGCGCCGCUCUCCUUCGCUGCGUCUGAAAGUGCUCGGAUUUGCGAGAAACUUCUCUAAAGCGGUAUCUUUUGUAUCAGAGCGACCCCGAAGUCUUUCUGUGAUGAUGCUGACGGGUUUAACGCGCGUUUGUGCGGUGAUCGCGCUCGUGAUGUGCGCGUGCGGUGCGUCUGAGGCGGGAUGCGCGGACAGACCGGCACCGAGAUGCUGUCCGGGACGGAAUAACGAGUGCGUGGAGAGGAGCGCGAGGAGAAGCGUGUGUUACUGCGACACAUACUGCCGGAGGAGCGGGGACUGCUGCGACGAUUAUCAGAGCGCAUGCCACAUCUCAGCAGCUGUAGACUGUGAGGUGCGACAGUGGGGUCCCUGGUCUCCGUGUUCGUCCGUCUGUGGGGCGGGGACUACAGAGCGAAGCCGACAGGUAGCCACGCCCCCUCACAACGGAGGCACGCCCUGUCCUGACCUCAAACAGUGCCGAGGCUGUCUCGCACACACAGAGACCUGCAGCGCAGCUAAAGAGGUGGCCAAAAUCCUGCCUGACUCAUUCAAGCGGAACUUUAAGGACCCUUGGAGACGGCCGCACAUGCUUAUGAAGGAGGAGAAGAAGAGUUACUGUGUGCAGAUGCGUGUGAAGCAGGCGAGCGCUGCGUGUAAGGUCAAACCGUGGAGCGCUGGCUUGGUUCCCGAACGAUCCGUAUGUGUCGAAUGUCAGAGCGACGCCAUGACGACCGAUAACCGCUGCCGUGGCGACGGGCUGAAGAACAUCAGAUCCUUCUGGUCGGCCGCUUCAGCUCCGGGUUGCUCGGGGUCCUGGGUUCGAGAGUCAUUCUCUGAGGACUGCAGGUGUCCAUCUUACUCAAUGAUUUUCGUCUGAACCAAAACACACUUUCAAGCUCUUUCCGAGGGACAUGGUUGCUUAAAAUAAUUCCACGGGAGUCCUGGAGAGCCUCCUUCAUCUGAAGCCAAAUUCUCUCCAUCAAAAGUAAAGCAAUCUGUCACUUUCCUGUGCCUCCACCAAACCAAAACACAACCCUGUUCUUUUAAAGCUCUGCUAUCUACCUCCAUAAUGCACCUGUUUCUGAUGCCUUUGAUUAUAGAUUUCACUCUGUCCUGCUUUUCUACUCUCGUCCCUCUUCUGAUUCAUACGUACUGUAUUUAUAUAUGUUUGAAUGUACCUCUGUGUGUCAGUGUGUGUGAGGUUUGCACGUGUUGUGUGUGUUUUGAAUGCAAAACUUGUUAAUGCACGAGCCGCUGAAAGACAAGCUAAUGUAAAUUAAUGUUUCUGUUUAGUAGUAUUUAGUUUUCUGGAGAAAAAAACCUUUUUUGUUGACUUUUUAAGUGUCCUGAUCUGUGCAAAACACUGCAGUGCCUUAUGAACGCCACUUUCACACGUUGACCAAAGUUUCUUUGACAUCAUUUUGUUUGCAUGACUUGAAAGCUGUGUUCGAAACCGCACUCGAUUCUUCUUGAAAAUGGGAUUCGUUUCCUGUGUUUUCAUUUGGUAUAAAAGCAAAGUGCCCUCAA